UGACAAUCUGGAGCUUUCCUGCAACUCGGCGCUGGUCAACAGCAAGCCAUGGACGUGAGGUGCCGAACGGUCUGUGGCAGAACUCGGACUGGUAGAGACGAGGCCUUCGAGCAGGCGCCGUCGCCCGCAGCACCGGCCUGAGUAGAACGGACACACGCUGCAUCCACUAUAGAAGGGGGCUGCGCAGCAGAAGAGGUAGAGGGAGGAUAAGGGACAGGAGACAACGGACGAUGGCGGUACGGGCAGCUGCUACUCGGUGCCCUUUUACAACUCGGUACCUUCAAUUAUCAUCAUUCGAGUUCCCCAGACUCCGAGUUCAACUUGAAGCCCAUAAUAAUCACGAACAAUUUGAAAGUCCCGAGAGGUUGAACUCCGAUUCGCUGCCCGAGUUUGCCUCACGCGGCGCAGGGACCAACUCAACUCGAACUCGAACUCGACGCUCCAAGACGCCAACUUUACUUCAAAGUCGACUUGGAUGCGCCUCCAAAAAUAUUCUAUUCUUGUGGCUGCGUGUCCUGUCGGUCUUUGAUCCUUCUCCUGACUUUCCAUCUUUUCUCUCUUCAACCCCUCCCUUGUCUUUGUUUGACAUACUAGUAACAUAGGAGUCAAAUUCCUCGAGGCGUGCAGCGCCCCCUUCUCCUGUUGUCGCGUUUCCGUCCAUGUCCCCCUCCUAUAAGCCGACCGACCGAUCUGGAAUCUGGUCCUACAUUCCUUUCGGCUCCUCUCCCCGCCGCCGUUCAGUGUCCAGUGGUCUCCCUCUGAGACACACGGGCAACAGUGACUCCAAUAACGCUCCUUGGGACCCCUUUGAGAAAUCAGACCGCCGAACAGGCGGGAACGGCGCGAGCCACCCUUCCACCCUGGAGUCUCUACAAAACGCCUGGAUGACUCAAAGUCGACAGGCCCGGUUCUUCAAGACCGGAGGGGUCUUGACCCUUAUCCUCCUGUUAUAUGUGUUCUUCUCGGGCGGAGGCAGACAUGCGAGCACCAGCAAUAUCUACACGCCUGAAAAUUCCCCCACCACGAGAUGCACGCAGCCUCACGACCUUUCUAAACCGCUUGUUCAGUAUGCCAUUAUGAUUGACGCCGGGAGCACGGGGAGCAGGAUACACGUCUAUAGAUUCAACAACUGUGGGCCGACCCCUGAGCUGGAGAAUGAAGAAUUUAAAAUGACCGAGAAGCGGCCUGAAGGGUCUGGGCUGAGUUCAUACAAGUCCGAUGCAGAGGGUGCGGCCAAGAGUCUGGAUCCUCUCAUGGAAGUCGCCAUGAAAACCGUUCCAGAUGAAUACAAGUCUUGUACCCCCGUGGCCGUCAAAGCCACUGCGGGAUUGCGUCUCUUGGGAGAAGAAAUGAGCGCAAAGAUAUUGGAAGCUGUCCGUCACCGGCUAGAGACCCAAUAUCCUUUCCCCGUCGUCUCUAGGGAAAAGGGUGGCGUGGAGAUCAUGAAAGGGGAGGACGAAGGCGUCUACGCCUGGAUCACCACGAAUUAUCUGCUAGGAAAGAUUGGUGGUCCCGAUGACACUCCCACGGCCGCGAUUCUGGAUCUUGGAGGCGGGUCAACCCAGAUUGUCUUUCAGCCGACUUUUAAGAACAGUCCGCACGGAGGCAUGCCGGAGAAGAUGGCCGACGGAGACCACAAAUACAAUCUCAAGUUCGGCGGCCGAGAGUUCGAACUGUACCAGCAUUCUCAUCUUGGCUACGGGCUCAUGUCCGCUCGCAAGGCUCUUCACGCGUUGGUCUUGGACCAUAUGCACAAGCAGAACCCUGACUCCAAAGCCUGGCUCUCCAAACCUAUCCCGAACAGCUGCAUCACGCCAGGUGUGCAGAAGAGAGUCAAUGUGACGAUGCCGGCCGAUCACCCGUUGGCAGGAGAACACAGUGUGAUCAUGGAGGGCCCCAUCGACGCCUUACCUGCACAAUGCCGGGCGUUGGCCGAGGGCAUUCUUUACAAAGACAAGCAGUGUACCCUCCAUCCUUGCUCGUUCAACGGUGUCCAUCAGCCGUCCCUCGACAAGACCUUCUCCCGCGAAGACGUAUACAUUUUCUCCUACUUCUACGAUCGGACCCACGACCUGGGCAUGCCCGAGUCGUUCACCCUGCGCGAACUACUCGACCUCACGGAGAAAGUUUGCCUCGGCGAGAAACAUUGGAGUGCAUUUGAGGGCGUUGAAGGGGCAAUUGCCGAUCUCCAUGACCGGCCUGAAUGGUGCUUGGAUCUGAACUUCAUGUCAGCGCUGCUCCACACCGGAUACGAGAUGCCCAUUGAUCGGGAGGUCAAGAUCGCCAAGAAGAUCAAAGGGAAUGAACUGGGUUGGUGUCUCGGCGCGAGCUUGCCACUACUCGAGAAAGAAAGCGGUUGGGAAUGUCGCAUCAAGGAGGUUACUCGAUGAAACAAGCUGCAACAACGCGUUUCUGCAUGAUGAUCAUCUUAAUUGCAUUUUACUUGUACAUGUUCCUCUCCAGAUCAGGAUGCAUUGCAUCUCGGCCAGAGCUCUCCAUUUGGCGAGCAUGACCGCUCUGAAGGAUUUUAAUGCUUGGAGGGAGAUGGUCAAGAGGGGUUUUCACGGUACACUGGCGUGGAUCGACCCUUACCUUACACGCAUUGCACGGGACGACCAUGAACAGUUUGGAUUCAGCUCGGAUCGAACAUCAAGGAAACAAAAGCAUGCAUGCCUUUCAAGAGCUGUAUUACUUCUCGGCUCCUAUCAUGUUUUCCUUCGCAGUAUCGAUACAUGCCGUGCCCGAGGGAAGACAUCGAGCGUAUGGUAGCAGCCAGUGCAUUUCGGGCUAAUAAACCGGUUGACAGUAGACACAUGGCUUUGCUGCGCUGUUUUCCCAACCUCUGAAUCCUAGUAUUAUAGAGUCUACCUUGGGAGCCAGUCUAAUAAGAUGUACUUCUAGUCCUGCUGUUACAGGAGUCCCAAACGCCUCCGCUAAACCACAACAUCUUCCCAGGCGAACCACGCAAAGAAAAUCCACGCAUGCAUGUUCAGAAACCUCCUUUGCCCAACAACUCAUCUCCAAUCUCCCUGAGCAGCGGCUCAGUCUUGACCUCGUCGCCUAAGCCACCACCGGUAGUCCUGAUAUCCUUCAAGACCUCUCGGAUGUCCAUGGCGCGACAGAGAUCCCAGAGCAUGUUCUCCGGCGGCGCAGCGUACAGCAACAUACCAAGUGCGAGGAGGAGGGCGUGCAGUGUUUCUUUGGACGUGCUGGUAGUAUUGCCUUUCCCACUGCUGUUCCCAGUCUUGGUGUCCGUCAAGCUCGUCACGGACGCCAGAGAAGUGAUCGACUCCAGCAGGGCGGCGGACAGGUCGUCACCUGGUGUGGCUGCAUCUUCGUCUUCGUUUGAGCCUCCUGUUGUUGGGACCGUAGCAGUUUGAGCAUGAAUCCGUCGAUUGUGGGUAUACGAGGCAAGAUUGUACACCAGCGCGGCAGCCAUGGAACGGGCAUUGGCAUGCGGCGAAAGUAGACUAUGCACCGCGAGCCACUCAGUUGCCUCUCUCAGACUCAGAAGAGAGCCACUACUGGACCCUGCACCUGCAUUCAAGUUGUGGCGGUGGAAGAUCUGUUCCUGAGCCACAUUCGAACUGAACAGGUUACAGGCCAGCUGGAGCGACACGGCCUGUAUGUUAUACGGCGCGUCGGUGAAAUCGCUAGGGUCGGACGUCUUGCCGGUCGUCCAGGAAAACACGGUAUUGAGAGUUCCAUGUUCUUCUCCAUGCUCUGUCGCAAGGAAACUUGACACACGCGGGUCGGCAGCCGCAACGCGUACCAGGUCUAUGACUGCGAAACGUGCUUCUUGGGGAACAGAGGCGGACUUGGCGACAAGAUGGGCACUGAACGAGUGCAGAUUCGGUAAUGGCGCUUCGGCCAAGCCUUUGUCUUCGCGUGUUUUGAUGUAUGCCACGAGAUC